UCCAUCCAUUUCUCUCGCCGACUUCUUUAAGGGAGGCCUCUAAGCUAUUUUCCAACCCUCUCCCUUAGGGGAGGUGGCUAAGAGUGAAAACCGACCGGAAUGCGGGCAGGGUGGAAAUAGUAACAACAUGCCAACCCAAACUCUCACUCACUCACUGCUCAGCCACGUUCAAAUGGCCGCGUUAGUUCUCUUUCCCGUGUGGUCUGGUGCAGUUGGCGGCCUACUCUUCUUACGCUCCAGUAGUUCUGGAGGUCUAGAACCGACAAUAGACGAUCGCGAAGUGAGCUUCUAAGGAUAUCGGUAAUCGAGCUCGAGAAGAUCGAACACGAUCAAAGCCAUGGAAGAUCGUUGGGUCCUCCCGGUAACAUUUCUGCUGAUCGUGACGGUUGGAGUUCCGGUGUCUGUCGAAGGCUUCACGCGCAUUGGAUACGAAGCGACCGGAUGUCCCCGCAACAGUCCCACACUGAACAAAUGCAUGGAGCGUGCGAUCCAGUACUACAUCAGCUACAUGUACAGCGGGACGAUCAACGAUCGGACGACGGUACCGUCGCUGGAUCCGCUCACCCUGCCCGACGCGAUACUGAUCGAAAACGAUGAUGUGGUGUCUAGGUUUAGCAACCGGCAGACGACCGGCUUCCGGAACAUGUACAUCACUGACGUAAGAUCUGACAUAACGCGGCUGGAGUUCUACUUUAAGUUUCACAUCUCCGCCAUCGACACGCGAGGUUCGUACCAUGCGGAGAUACGCUUCCCGACGCCCUCUAAAGUUGCCGAAUGGUCCCAGAUGACCUACUCCAUACGAAACUCUUCAAUCCAGAUGCAACUGAAAGGCUACACGUACGAAAGUGAUGAUCGAGUGUAUCUGAAAGUGAAUGUGACCGAUUGGAGCCAGCAGAUCGGUGAUCAUACGGUCGGCUUUCGGUGGUUCACGAUGAGCGGCAACUACAGCCAGUUUAGCGAGCGGUUCGAGGAGAUACGGGGCCGCGACAUACUGCCGGUGGUGGAGCGCGAUCUGAUGCACAGUCUGCAGGAUCGGUUUCAGCGUUUGCUGAACGAGAUCCUGCGGUUGGCACCGUUCGAACGGUUCUUCCCUACCGUGUACUAGCAUAAGGGUUUGCCACGACCUGUGAUAGGGCUAGACGAUUGUUUUUUUGUACAUACGCUUAGUGGUUAGGCUGUUGGCGCUGUGCCAGUGUCGGGACGAUUUUGUUUUAUAAUAAACGAAGUGAUUUAAAACAGGA